GCCAUGGUCUUACUGCUGGUCACUGUCAUCCCUGUGCUGGUCAGCUCCCUGGGCACAGCUGCCCACUAUGAGAUGCUGGGCACCUGCCGGAUGGUAUGUCAGCCUUACCUGGCCGAUCAGCCCAGCUCCAGCCCGGGUCCGGUGGAAGCCCGGGGGGUGGGCAAGGAGUUGGCACUGCCCCCCUCCACCCUGCUGCAGGGUCCCCGGGGGGAACCGGGACGUCCCGGCAGACCAGGGGCACCGGGACCCCCCGGGCACAGGGGUGCCCCGGGACCAGUGGGUCCGGCGGGGGAGAAGGGUGAAGCGGGUAGACCCGGGCCGCCUGGUACUCCUGGUCCUGGGACAGGAGCUAUCAGCGCUGCCACCUACAGCACGGUGCCCAGGGUAGCUUUCUACGCCGGCCUGAGGAACCCGCACGAAGGUUACGAGAUCCUGCGGUUUGACGACGUGGUGACCAACCUGGGCAACCACUACGACGGAGCCAGCGGCAAGUUCACCUGCUCCAUCCCCGGCACCUACUUCUUCACCUACCAUGUCCUCAUGAGGGGGGGAGACGGCACCAGCAUGUGGGCAGACCUCUGUAAGAACGGCCAGGUCCGCUCCAGUGCCAUUGCCCAGGAUGCUGACCAGAAUUAUGACUAUGCCAGUAACAGUGUCAUUCUGCACUUGGACGCGGGGGAUGAGGUUUACAUCAAACUGGACGGCGGUAAAGCUCAUGGGGGCAACUACAACAAGUACAGCACGUUUUCGGGAUUUAUCAUCUACACGGACUGA